GGCAAUUCGAAGUCUAUCAAUUUUGUGAUCAAAAUUCUUAAAAUUUUAACUUUUGGUAAUCGUAAUGUUUCGGAGGACUUUAAAAUUGAUAUGUAGCCAAAAUUCUAUGUCCAGCUCUAUUUUUAGAAAAAAGGGUAACUUUGACAAAAUUGACAAAGGUGGAGAUCUUUCUAAAAUUGCCGGAGAAACAGCCGGUGUGGAUGCAUAUCAUGUUAAAAUCCUUCAAGUUAACAAGGGAAAAGAGGCAAAAAUUUUGGAAUUGACUGCACAAAUCGAGGCUCUUCAAAUGAAAAUCAAGUCUCUGGAAAAAGCUAAGUCCGCGGAGGCCCGGGCCGCUGCAGCGGAACUACAGGUUAUUCUCAAGGAUCUUAAAAAGGCUCUCCGAGAAUUGAGAAUGAGAAAUUAAUAA